UUCUUAGUAGAUUAAAUCUUUCUAACUAGGGGAACAUUUGCGGAAACUUGCCAUUGGGAACACGGGAUUCUGACAUUUACAAAUCCUGAAGAGGAAACACAGCUGGGGGAUAGGAAAGCCUGUACCUGGGUAAGGAGAGAGAUGGAAAUGGGACAUGCCUGUGCUCUAUCAAUCUUGCUGUACUGAAUCCUCAAAAUUACCCUGGAAACCAGGUGUUUCUUCAUGCUGAUCUGUAGGUGAACACACACAGGCUCAGAGAGGUGGACAUGCCUCGCCUCACAGGACUGGCAGGGAGGAGCCAGGGGUAUAAUGUUCUGGAAACCAACACUGUCUCUCGGGUUGUUGUUCCGCUCCCUCCUGGGUGACAGUGGAAAUGUGCACCUGUGAGUCUGGAGGCUGGGAGCUAAGUGGUAAGUGGGGGUUUAGGAAACUCAUUUGGCUUCCUCUGGCUCUUCUAGGGCUAUAAGGAAGCAACUCAAGCAGAUUGGAAUGUCUCUCCUGGAUGCUGAGAUUUGAGAUCCAGAAGUCUCCCCAAUGGCUCCUUAUCACAUUCGCCAGUUCCAGGAGAGGGACUAUAAACAGGUCAUAGAAUUGUUCUCCAGGGGUCUGGAGGAGCAUGCCCCUGCCACCUUCCGCCACCUGCUGAAACUGCCCCGAACCCUCUUGCUCUUAAUUGGGGUGCCUCUUGCCAUAGUCCUGGUGUCUGGCUCCUGGCUGCUGGCUGUUGUAUGCUUCGUCUUUCUGCUUCUAUUUUUGUGGUUCCUUGCCGGCCAGCCCUGGAAGAAUCAUGUGUCCAUGUGUUUGCACACAGACAUGGCUGACAUCACCAAGUCCUACCUGAGUGUGUCUGGGUCGGGUUUCUGGGUGGCUGAGUCUGGGGGACAGGUAGUGGGGACAGUGGCUGCUCGGCCAGUCAAGGAUCCUCCAUUAGGGAGGAAGCAGCUGGAGCUUUUUCGCCUGUCUGUGUCCUCACAGCAUCGAGGACAGGGGAUGGCGAAAGCCCUGGUCAGAACUGUCCUCCAGUUUGCACGGGACCAGGGCUACAGUGAUGUUGUCCUUGAGACCAGUGUCAUACAGCAAGGUGCUGUGAGCCUCUAUGAGUCUAUGGGAUUCCAAAGGACAGGCCUAUUCUUACUGGACGGCAUUGUCGGAAGAGUCGUUGAUUUUUUUGUAAUUCGUUUCACAUACCCACUCCCUUCGGCUCAGGAACUCAGACUUUGAUCUUAUUUCUUCCAUAUCUGCCACGCUCCAUUUCACUGUACUGUAACAAGGAAACCCUCAUA